ACUGUGCGGGUUCCCGGAAGUCGCACCAUGGCGUCUCUCCGCGAAGCCACCCUGCGGAAAAUGCGGCUCUUUUCGGAGAUGAGAGGUAAACCGGUGGCACCUGGGAAAUUCUGGGAUGUAGUUGCCCUAACAGCAGCUGAUGAAAAGCAGGAACUUGCUUACAAGCAACAGCUGUCUGAGAAGCUGAAGAGGAAGGAAUUGCCCCUUGGAGUUCAGUACCAUGUUUUCACUGAUCCUGCAGGAACCAAAAUUGGAAAUGGAGGAUCAACAUUCUGUGCUCUUCAGUGUCUGGAAAGUCUCUAUGGAGAUAAGUGGAAGUCUCUCACAGUCCUGCUGAUUCACUCUGGUGGUUACAGUCAACGUCUUCCCAAUGCAAGUGCUUUAGGAAAAAUCUUCACAGCUUUGCCAGUUGGUGAGCCCGUUUAUCAGAUGUUAGAGCUGAAACUAGCCAUGUACGUGGAUUUUCCCGCAUGCAUGAAGCCUGGAGUUUUGGUCACCUGUGCCGAUGAUAUUGAGCUGUACAGUAUUGGGGACUCAGAGUCCAUUGCGUUUGACAGGCCUGGCUUUACUGCCUUAGCCCAUCCGUCUAGUCUGGCUGUUGGCACCACACAUGGAGUAUUUGUCUUGGACUCUGCCAGUUCCUCACAACAUGGUGAUCUCGAGUACAGACAGUGUCACUGUUUCCUCCAUAAACCCAGCAUUGAAGACAUGUACCACUUUAACGCUGUGCAUAGACAAGGAAGCGUUGGUCAACAGGACUUGGCUGGGGGCGACACUGCCUGUCUUCCAUUGCACUCUGAGUAUGUCUACACAGAUAGCCUAUUUUACAUGGAUCAUGAAUCAGCCAAAAAGCUACUUGAUUUUUAUGAAAGUGUAGGCCCACUCAAGUGUGAAAUAGAUGCCUAUGGUGACUUCCUGCAGGCACUGGGACCUGGAGCGACUGCAGAGUACACCAGGAACACGGCACAUGUCACUAAAGAAGAGUCCCAGUUGUUGGACAUGAGGCAGAAAAUAUUCCACCUCCUUAAGGGAACACCACUGAAUGUUGUUGUUCUUAAUAACUCCAAAUUUUAUCACAUUGGAACAACGGAAGAAUAUCUGCUUCAUUUCACUUCUGAUAGUACAUUAAGGUCAGAGCUGGGCUUGCAAUCUGUAGCUUUCAGUGUCUUUUCAAAUGUCCCUGAAUGCUCCCAUGAGACACCCUGUGUCAUUCACAGUGUACUGGACUCAGGAUGCCAUGUGGCCCCUGGGUCAGUUGUAGAGUAUUCCAGGCUGGGAGCUGAGGUUUCCAUCGGGGAAAACUGCAUUAUUAGCGGCUCCGUCAUAGCAAACACUGUCCUGCCGCCACAUUCUUUCCUUUGUUCUUUAAGUGUGGAGAUGAGUGGACACGUAGAGUAUUCAACCAUGGUGUUUGGCAUGCAAGACAACUUGAAAAAAAGUGUUAAAACCAUAUCAGAUAUAAAGACUCUUCAGUUCUUCGGAGUCUGCUUUAUGUCCUGCUUAGAUAUUUGGAACCUUGACGCUACAGAGGAACUCUUUUCUGGAAGUCAGACACACCUGAGCCUGUGGACUGCUCGGAUCUUCCCUGUCUGCUCCUCUCUGAGUGAGUCGGUUGCCGCAUCCAUCGGGAUGUUACGUGCUGUACAGAGCCGCUCGCCGUUCAACCUGCGCAGCUUCAAGCUGCUGUCCAUCCAGGAAAUGCUGCUCUGCAAAGAUGUACGGGACAUGCUGGCUUACAGGGAACAAAUCUUUCUAGAAAUUAGUGCAAAUAAAAGACAGUCUGAUUCGGGAAAAUCUUAAAUACAAUGUAUUUUUCCUGUGAACAGGAUUGCAAAUGCAGGCAUUUUCUAUAGACCUCUGACCGACCUUCCUUCCUUCCUUCCUUCCUUCCUUCCUUCCUUCCUUCCUUCCUUCCUUCC